AUGGGUCUACCAAACACCAUCAAAAUUCCAUUCACCUCACACACCGUGGACUCUUUAAUCGACGCGUUAUUGGUCCAAAACAACCAAGAAAAGUUAGGGAACGUGUUGAAACCAAUCUUGCAUUUCGUGAUUGUGUUACACGUCCUGGCGCUCGCGGCGUGGAUCGUUUUACUGGUGAGACAGAAACCACCCCGGGUGAGAGAUAAGGUGGAUUUGAGCAAAGAGAGUUAA